UGCUGGGUAUCAUGGGCAAGAGGGUGCUGUUGCACACAUGUCCUGCAUGUGGGUUUUCCAGAAGCAUCUGACUGGCCACCAUGUGAGCAGAAUGCUGAACUACAUGGACCUUAGUCUGAUCCAGCAUGACUCUUCUGAUCUGUGUUCUUAAGAGAGAGAGAGAGAACACCACUUGUUAUGUAUGGCUCUCAGCUAACGCCGCUCCUAACAUUUCAUCAAUGAUCUGGACAAUGUUGCUUCUCUUUCAUGCACCUUGGGUGAUAAUCCUGUCCUUGCUUAAAAACAGCCCUCUAACCUGAAACAGCUGUUCACUAGCAACCACAGGACACAUAGACCCAGACCCUGCAGCAAACCCAUAUCUACUCAAGCAAUAUUAUUACAGGACCAAUGUUAGCCAGAACAUCAAGGAUUCAUUUACUACUCAUCUUCCAAUGUAUUAUAUGCUAGCAAUGCUAUUCUGCAUUCUACGUCUGCUAUGGCAAAGGGACCAGUGUCUACGGAAAAGAUUAAAUGGAUAGAAAUCUGACAACAGAAAUGACAAUAUUCAGAAAACAGUAGGAGAACAAAGGGAUGCUCCAGCAUAAAACUGCUGAAUCAACUUUUAUCAAGAACUUGAGUUCUGUUAUUAUCUGUGGUAUAAAUUGAGAUGCCAAGUUUUUAUCUCACUAUAAGUGUUAAUUAGCUUACCAAUACCAGGAUGCUUGCUUGUGUUAUCGACUCAGCUGCUGUAAUUGUUCCAGUGAUCCGGUAUCGUUGUCCCUGGAGAAGCCCUGGAAUCAACUGCACACCUCCCACAACAUAGAAUGCUUCCUUAUUUAUCUUGUUCCUGUGUGUGAUAUUCUUCCAUGUUUCCAACUUCCAUGUCUGUUUCCCCAUCCCACCCCUCUUUCUUGAAAAUUCCCACCUCCUAUUGUCUUUCCAGAAAUGCUUCCUGUGUUCUGUCCAGGAAUUCUUCAUCUUCCCUGGUAAACCAAAGUGUGAAUAGUAAUGCCUACCUUCUCUUCCAGCAGAGACACCACCUUGCACUUGUGUGUGUGUAGUUCAUACACCUUCCAGCCGAAAAACAGCACAGCCCUUAAUUCCAGCAUACUUUCAAAAUGGGACGGAUUUUCUUGGAUCAUAUCGGUGGCACUCGUCUAUUCUCCUGUGCAAAUUGUGACACAAUCUUGACCAACCGCUCAGAGCUCAUAUCUACCCGUUUCACAGGAGCUACUGGACGAGCCUUUCUAUUUAACAAGGUAGUAAAUCUGCAGUACAGUGAAGUCCAGGACCGUGUCAUGCUUACUGGCCGCCACAUGGUUCGUGACGUGAGCUGCAAGAACUGCAACAGCAAGCUAGGCUGGAUUUAUGAAUUUGCCACUGAAGACAGCCAGCGCUACAAGGAAGGCCGUGUUAUCCUGGAAAGAGCUUUAGUCCGAGAGAGUGAAGGGUUUGAGGAGCAUGUUCCGUCUGAUAACUCUUGAAUGGACAUCUCCUUGUCUUCAGGCUUUCUCUGUUGAAACUUUAAAAAAGAGAAAAAUCAACAAAAAAUAUACUUACAUACACUGUCACCUUAGCAUCAGCGCUGGAUUCAUGAACUGCAGAGAGGGAAAGAUUGUAAGAAUUCCAGAUGGAAACGUUCUUGUUUUGUUUUUUACCCCUUUCUCUCAGUUGUUCUUAGAGAAUGUUGUAUGGAUGCUGUAACUUUGCCUUUUCUUCCUUGGUCUCAGAUAUGUACGCACUUGAAGUUACAAAUCAUCUGAAAGGAAAGGAAUUUAGGAUAUGUCUUUUUAUUACAGAGAGAUCAGUUGGAUUUUAGUUUGCAAUACCUGUUGCAUUGAGAAGAAAUUUUAGUCUAGCAAUGUCUUUUAAUUUAUUUCCAUUUUUUGUCCUAAGUUCUAAAUUCAUUUUUAGCCAAACUUUUUCACCUGGCUUAGGAAGAGGUUGAAUUGUGCUAAAGGUUCAGUGUUUAGUCAAGUUUGCGCUAGCCGUUGAUUUAUAUUCUUGUUGGGGUACAGAGCCUGUGCUUGUCUGAGUCUCUCCUUUUUUUCCUUUUUCUUUUUUGGUGUAACCCAAAGUUGUCAUUCCUCAUUUAAUUAAGCACCCCUUCUACCAUAUGACUGGUGUUGACUAUUACCAUUUUUUUUUAAAAAAAGAAAAAAACCAGGGCAAAACUGCUUGUCUUUCCAAUUUCCAGAUGUAACUUACAAAAUAAUAUUAAGAAAUGCCUGUCUAGUCUUGUGUUGUUUCAAAACUAUGUUGGUAGUGAUGGGGAUUGAGCAGUUGCUGUAGCUACAGCAUUCCCCGCCCCCCUUGGCUGACCUCCUUAAAUAGAAAAUUUGCAACUCUUAAUCUUCGAGCUUUCUCCCCUUUGAUCCUGUAGCUUUGCAUUAAAAACCUGGCUAUAAGGAAGAAGGGCAUGUUAGCAUGUACAAACAUGCAUACAGCCAGGCAUGUGAUCUACAUUCGUUCAAAUGGCUAACGACUUAUCUUCGAAUGCUGCAUCUGAUGUCAGAGCUUUUACUCUUAGUUGCAUCUCUUAGCAUUGUGGUGCUGCACCAUUACUGCUUUUACCAGCAUAACAAGUUCAUGUAGCUGUACUUAGUCGCUGGGUUACCUGGUGCUUCUUGUAACAGUUAAUGGUGUCGCAAUAUUGGAUCUUGCUCAUCUGAGCAAACCUUUCUGUAGACUCUCCUUACUCAGGGGUGCCCAAACGUUGCUGCCAGCAUGGCCUGCCCAAAUUACUUUGGUUGGAAAUCCAAGAGCUGCAUUUUAGGGGAUUAAUCACAGUUUUAUACUCUCCUUGUCAGGUAUUUCGUAGACAAAAGUAUUUGCCUUACUGCAACUGAUACUUAAGCACCUGUUAAGUUCUAAUAAAGAACAAGGAAUGGAAAGAGAUCCCUGUACCUGGUAGAAUAAUGGUCAUUACUUCAAUCCUAACCACACUUGCAGUGGCUAGGAUGAGGGUGGGGGUGGGCGUGUGUGCAUGCCACUGCAAGUGCCUUUAGGGAUUCUGUUCUAUGAGCCCUACCUCCCAUAUGUGACUAGCAAACUGGAGGAGGGUUGUGGUUGUAUGUUUCGCACUGCACAAGUGGCAUUCUGGCCAUUGAGGUGCAGUUUGGGCACCCUUCUUAGCUUAAAAUAACUCUAAUAUGCAAGUUAGAGGGAAAACAUGUAGACAUGUAUACUGCAGCUAAGUUGAAAGAAAAACAAUAGUGCAUUGUGCCUCAGAUGAGUAAUCUUUACUAUUGACUUCAGUAGAUUCCUGUUAUUUUAGUAGUUCACUUGCCUGGCAACUUGUCAUUGGCACAGACCUUGAUAGAUUACUCUAUAUGUAUUUUUGAUGUUGCAGUACAAUAAAGUAUGUUUUGUCCUGCAUGGUCUCCAA